CAUUCGUUCGUCCAAUCCAUUCUUGUCAACGCGAUAUCUCAGGAUCGCCUUGAGGGAAUUUCUUCAAAUUUGGCACAAAAGUCCACUUGGCAUUGAAAGUAUUUUUAUCUACAAAAGGGGCCCUGCAGAAAAGGUCUGGGAACCACUGAAUUGGUCAAUCAACUGAAAAUGAUUCCGUAAUUAUAUUUGAUACUCUGAAAUUCACUGGUUCUGGUAACUCAAAUUCACUGACUGUCAUCAUGGAGGAGACGCAGACUGGAGCCCAGUGAAGAGCACAAAACCACCACCAGCAUCCACAUCUCUAGAUUCACCUCUUUUAUUCUUAUUAUUUCAGCUCGGUAGAUCCAUCAAUAGAAAACAACACUGAACACACCUGAGCCAAGAUGAAGCAUUUCCUGAGAGCGGUGACCCAGUUCUUCGUCUUCCUCUACUGUAAAUGUCUGUGGCGAGGCCUCAAGUUCGUCGCCAGGAAGUUUACGGGGCGCUGCGAGCUGCAGCGAAUCGUCUACAACAACAAGCACGGAGCCCGCAGGACCCUCAAGAUAGAAUCAUCUCUGAAGUACUCCAAAAAUGAGCUUCUCCAGUCUGCCCUCAGCGUCCAUCCUGAUAAAGUGGAGAAAACCAUUGAAGACAUCAUGGCGCUGAAGAAAAUCAACCCUGACACCAACCCACAGCUGGGCAUCUCUCUCCAGGCCAGCCUGCUGCAGAUUGUGGGCUACAGGAGCCUGGUGACGGAGGUGGAGAAGCUGCGCCGUGAGCCUUAUGACUGUGAAAACCCCGAGCACGAGGAGAUGCUGAUGAAGCUGUGGAAGGAGCUGCGUCCUGACACCCCGCUCACCGGACGCAUCUCUAAACAGUGGUGUGAAAUCGGUUUCCAAGGCAGCGAUCCCAAGACUGAUUUCAGAGGCAUGGGCCUGCUGGGCUUGCAGAACCUGCUAUAUUUUGCAGAACAUGAUAAAGCCACCGCUCUGCAGAUGCUCCACGACUCCCUGCAACCAAAGCACAACUUGAUGUCACUCACUGCGUCUUCUUUUAUCGACUGCUGCUGCUUCUAUUGUUUGUCAUCUCAUGAGAUAAACAAGCCUGAAUGGGAACAGAAGAACCUGGACAAAGCGAUUGGAUACUCGUUUGCCAUCGUGGGCAUCAACAUCACAGACCUGGCCUACUCUCUGCUGGUGAGUGGAGCUCUGAAGACCCACCUGUACAACGUGGCCCCGGAGAUGCCCAGCCUGGUGCACUUCCAGCAGACCUUCUGCUACCUGAUGCAGGAGUUCCACCAAUUCUGGGUCAAGGAGGAUCCCAGCGACAUCAUGGAGUUCAACCGGGUCCGCUCCAAGUUCCACCGGAGGAUCCUGCGACAGCUGAAGAACCCGGACAUGGCUCUGCUCCCCCACUUCCCCGCCUCCGACCUGGUCAUCCUCUAAACACACACACACCCUUGACCUGUGACCCCCCACCCUCUCUGAACCCUUCAUACCCCCCACAGAGGUCUCCCCUGGAUGUCCGGUAGGCCAACUAAAAAAAAAAAUCUGACAACCCUUUACCCUCACACAGCUGGACACAUCUGGGGAGACUCUCUUCCUCCUCCGCUCAGUCGUCCCAGCUAACGUCAUGUCGCGUCACUGCCAAAAGCUCACUCACACACACACAUGUACACGCAUACACACACACACACACACUGCCUCUGCGCCCUCACUGCAGCGUUACACCACCAGCAUCAGAGACGACCAUAGCGAUUGUAGCUGUGCAUGAGGAGGCUGCACCACACCGCUCAUCAGUAUCUCUUACUGUUUAUUGAUUCAUGACGAUUGUAUCACAGCCGUUACACCUCAGUUCUUCUUCUUCAUAACAAACCAAAUUUACUUUCUCAGCCAAAAAAAAAAUCCCUUUUUUAGAUUGCGACGUUGUGCUCAUGAGUUCAGAAUAUUUUGGCAAUUAGCUAGUCGGGCUUUCAGACACGAAAACCAAUAUUUUGUAAUGAAGAGCUAUAGAUAUAUAAGAUUAAAUGAAGCAUAAAAGAAAUGAUGCUGGCGCUGAUUCAAUCAAAAGCUGUUAAACAAUGUAGGGCCAGUUCAUCUCUUAGCUUUGUCUGUAUUAGCUAAUCGAUAUAUAUAUAUAUAUAUAGAUUGUACUGUAAUUUUUAUGUCAACGUGACAUUAACACCUAAGACGUCUCCUUGCCAAAAUAUCGAAUGUGGAGAACUUAAAAUCACAGCAGUAGUUUGUUUCUUGUGAGCUCAAAUGCACGUUUUGUAAACCUGCAAAAUGAUGUUCAGAAAUAUUUUAAACAGGCAGCACAGCUCCUAGUUUGCAUAUAAGAGCUCCUACUUUAUUUCCUCACACAUAUUUCAAAACAAAAAUGCAACAAAACGACUUGGUUAGGUUUAGUACGAAAAAACAUCAUAGUCAGGCUUAAAAUCACUAUGUAUUUUUACGUUAUUAACCUCCUCCCUAACCAGACUUCUGCAGACUAUCAUCAUGAUUUGUGACACGUCAAAAACAAACAAAAUCCGCAACAAAAUGCGUUCCCUCGAAACCUGAUUCACAAAGCAAUUUCAUUGUACAGGAAUCAAAUUUUUAGGAGACAGGGCUAAAUUACAUUCAGAAAAAUAAUAAAAAAUAUUUCAUGAACAUCAGUUUUUUCCAGGUUUGCAAAAAGUGUUUGCCUUUGCUUUGAGAUUCUGUUAUGAAUGUUUUUCACACGCUCACAUUCACGAUUGUUUGAUUUUUUUAUUCAUUGAAUGUAACACUGUGUCCACUGUUGUAUCAGCCAAAGCAAUAAUUUACAUUCAUUUCACUGCACGUUUUAUUUUAAAUGUGUAUUGAUUUGCACCAUGCGUGCCUAAAGUGUUUGUUUUAUCUUCUAACUCAGAGCUGGAAUGCUAAUCAAUCCAUCGCUGCUGCAUGUAGCGUCUAAUAGAGGUCAAUUAUCACCACGUCAAUUUGAAGACACUAGUUUAAGAUAAUUAGUGGCAGUCGCUGCGCUGCAUUUUAUAACGUCCGAAUUUUGGGGGAAAUCUGCUGAAUUGCUUUAUAGAAUUAAAAACAUGUUUGUCCUUUUCAGUGAAGCCAAAGACACGGAGGACUGACAGGAAGUAGUAGGGAACAUGAAUGUGCUCUCACCUCUUCUCCACCAUCAUCUCUUUUUCUUACAGUAAAGUAUUGACUUGGCAAAGAUUUAUUAAUGUUCAUAAAGUGCUCCACAUAGAAGCUUUAACAAGCAUCUGCAACAACCAGAGAAAUAAGACAUUAACUGUAGAGUUGCUCCGUAGAGAAUGAAUUAGGUGAUUCAUACUGAUACAGCAGAGAGCUGAUGGUGAAAAUGUGAAAAUGCUAAAGAUGGAGGCGUUGACCGGCCAGUCAACGCAGGAAAAGAAAUAACUGUUUUAGUAACACUGUGUUCUUAGAUGUCACUGUCAGCUCCCUGCUGUGGACAUUAUUUAAUUUCUUUAUUUUACCCAAAAAGCCCCGCUAACAUUAGAAAUCUCUUUUUCAGGAGUGUCCUGA